UCUAAGUCCGAAAAAUAUUCACAACUAUCAUUUCUCUCUUACUUCUCCUUACCUUUCGCUACCUCCAUCUCUCUCUCUCUCUGCAAUUUCAUGAAACUUUUUUUAUUUUCACUCUCUUUCUCUUCUUCACCUUUUUCAGCCUUUGCUUCUCUUUUAUUCUUUUUAUGUUGCUUCUCCAAACUUAGCUAUCAUAUGUCAAACAAAAAACAAAAACCCCCCUUGCUGGUGAAAAAUAAAAAAAGCUUCAACGAAUAAAUCUAGGAGAGCCAAUUUGUUUUUGGAGGUUGUUAUUGUUCAUAGAUGAACAGCUCUUCCUCCUUUAGAUUUCUCCAUUCUUUUCUUGAUUCAGAUGCGGACUUAGGCAGGAGUUAAUAAUAUCACCUUCUUUUAAUUUGUUGCUUUGAGAGGAAAAAAAAAAGAAACAUGUUUUAUACUCUUCUUGUGAUGAUCAGAUUCCUCAUUUUCUCUCUUGGGAUCCUUGCUACUCAUGUCCUUUCAAAGACAGACCCCAGCGAUGCUUCUGCACUUAAUGUAAUGUUUAUCAGCUUAAAUUCUCCUAAAAAACUCAGUGGUUGGAAAGCCAAAGGUGGUGACCCUUGUGGAGAUUCAUGGAAAGGGAUUACCUGCUCAGGCUCUAAAGUAACUGAAAUAAACUUAUCUGGCCUUGGACUCAGUGGGCAAAUGGGUUACCAGCUAUCAAACUUGAAAUCUCUCACCACCCUUGAUAUGAGCUCAAACAACUUCAAGGAUAGCAUACCAUAUCAACUUCCUCCAAAACUCAAAUACCUGGACCUUUCUAAAAAUGGCUUCAGCGGUAGUAUGCCUUAUUCAAUCACUCAGUUAUCAGAGCUCAAGUACCUGGAUCUAUCCAUGAACAAACUGUCAGGUGAACUACCACAAACUUUUUCAUCACUCUCAAAACUUAAAAAACUAUUCUUGCAAAACAAUCAAUUUACUGGUUCUAUAAAUGUCCUUGCCAGUCUUCCUCUAGAGAAAUUGAAUGUUGAAAACAACAAAUUUACUGGCUGGGUCCCUGAGGAAUUGAAGGAUAUUGCUAAAACUGGUGGAAAUAAUUGGUCAUCUGGGCAGGCACCUCCUCCUCCUCCUGGUGCAAAGCAUGUUGCCAAGAAAAGUCCGGCAGACUCUUCUGAUGAUAGUUCUUCUUUGUCAUCUUUAAUUAUAGCAGCAUCAGUUUUGGGUGGAUUGACACUAGUUGCUGUUCUGAUUGCUCUGUUUACAAGAAAAAAGUCUUCUCCAUCUUCUCAUUAUUUUGAUGAAGAGAGGGCUAGCCAAGGAAGAGCCUUUACCCCCCUUGCAUCACAGGAACUAUCCAAACACCAACAGUCUUAUAGCAUUGACAACACAUCUGAUUUUUCUGGUAAUUUGGCAGGGAAGAGAACAUUUUAUCCUCCACCUCCUCCAACUGACUUUUUAAAGUCUUUUGAGAGAACUACUUCAGUUGAUCUUAAGGAUCACCUUGCUGAUAGGGAUUAUAUUCCUCAUAAGGAUCCCCUCACUGACAGGACAAACUCUCUCCAUGACAAUGAAUUUGCAAAUCGUCUUAAAGCCAAAAGAACUACCUCUGCUCGUGUCAUAGUGUAUUCUUUGACAGAUUUGCAGACAGCUACUGCUAAUUUUGCAACAGGGCGCCUUCUUGGUGAGGGGACUUUUGGGCGUGUUUAUAGAGCUAAGUAUCCUGAUGGGAAGGUGUUAGCUGUGAAAAAGAUUGAUUCCUCUCUUUUUCAAGGAAAUAAAGCUGAAAAAUUUUCAGCACUUGUUGCAAACAUCGAAAAGAUUCGUCACAUGAACAUCGCUGUACUUGCUGGUCAUUGUUCAGAACAAGGGCAUAACUUAUUAGUUUAUGAGUAUUUCAGGAAUGGCUCACUUCAUGAGUUUCUACACAUGACAGACGACUUCAGCAAACCACUAACUUGGAACACAAGAAUCAGAAUUGCUUUGGGCACAGCCCGGGCUAUUGAGUAUCUCCAUGAUGCUUGUUCUCCAUCUUUACUGCACAAAAAUAUCAAGUCGUCUAAUAUAUUGCUUGACCUUGAGCUCAAUCCUCACCUCUCGGACAAUGGCUUCGCAAGCUUUCAUGAGGAUACAAGCAAAAACCUUGGUGUGGGAUAUAACGCUCCAGAGUGCACAAGGCCAUCAGCUUAUACAGUGAAGAGCGAUGUUUACAGUUUUGGGGUGGUAAUGUUGGAGUUACUGACAGGACGGAUGCCUUAUGACAGUAAAAAACCAAAAUCUGAGCAAUGCCUAGCCCAGUGGGCUGCUCCGCAGCUACAUGACAUCAAUGCAUUGGGAAGAAUGGUCGAUCCUGCACUGCGAGGACUCUACCCUCCCAAGGCCCUCUCCAGAUUUGCUGAUAUUAUUGCCCUCUGUGUUCAACCCGAGCCUGAAUUCCGGCCAACUAUAUCAGAGGUAGUCAGGGCAUUGGAACGUGUGGUGCAACAAUCAAGUAUGAACAUGAAAGACGAUCUUACAGCCUCUUGUCGGACAGAGGAUUCCGACUGUUAUUGAUGAUGAGUCUUCUAUUAAUUUAUAACAUAUUUUUUUUAAUUUUUUGUACAACAGGUUCGAUUGAAGGAGAGUCAUUCUGAUCUUGUUCUUUAUGCCUCCUGAAUAUAUGGCAUUGAUAGUUAGAAAAAUUUAGAUACAAGUUUUAAGUUCCGAAGGCCGUUUCUCACUUUUGCUGUUUUGAUUUUACUGUUAUGUGUUUGUAAUUGUAAAUGCACCAAAUAUGUGUGCAAGUUUUGGAAACCAAUCAAUUAUUUAAAUUUUUUAUUUCUGAAGCAUAUUUAGUUUUUGGUAA